UGAUACACUUUCGUCCGUCACUGAAAUGUUACCCCCUGCAGCGUCCGUGCAGGUUGGUUGUAAAAAGCCUGAAGUUAUGAAGAUUAGGACAAAAGUGCCUCGAUAGAGACAUUCGCCAAGAGACAAUUAAUAGAUAGGUACAAGGGGUAGUUUCUUUAUCCUCAUAGGUGUUUAACAGGCGUCGUCCAGGAACACGAAACGACGGCACAGCUGUGUUGUAACAUCAGUGUAGCUAAACGUCCAGGGUAGUCUGACACUGACGAGUGUCAACGUUGCUUAACUAAUUUAAAGUUGGAAGAGUUCAGUGUUAUUUCACUCAGCAGUGUGACUGAGUCAGGACGUUGUAUUCACACAGGAUGGCUUCACCUCAUGACCGCAGCCGGAAAGAUGACGAGGAUGACCCUGUUGAACAGAUGAUAUCGCGCACUGGCUGCGCUGAGCUUCACUACGCCAUCCAGGAAUGCAUGGCUGAACAUCAGGACUGGCGAGCAUGUCAAAGCCAAGUUCAGACGUUCAAAGACUGCAUGAUGAAUUUCCAAAAGGCCCGAAAAGAACAGCUGAGGCAGCAUCAGCCGCCCUCCACCAAGUCUGCGGCCAGCUGAAUACAGAACAUCUUGCAAACACAUACAGUGCUGUGUUUGGGACUUGACUGACAACCUUAAAUUGCAAAGACUGUACCUAAUUUAAUCAUUAGAAUUGAAAAUAAAGCUCUAGCAGUAUCAUAAAAUCCCUACUUACAGUCUCAAGUGUGUGAUUUAGAGCCUGACUGAUAAUUGGGAUUUAAUAGGCAACAUGAAAUAUCACUUAACUUCAGUUAGCUUGUGUUUAAGCGUGUAUGUAUGUAAAGAGAUGCCAUACUAUGUGAUUUGUGAAUCCAAGAGCUUUUGAAAGUUAUCUUUUCAGGUUAAACGCUUUAUUUUUGGUCAGUAAUGUAUUUUCUUUAAAUAAAAAUGAAAAGAUUGUUUUCAGUCUUUUCAUAGUUGCAUGAAAUUACCAUGACUCUUGCCACAAAUACAUUUUUAGGGGAAAAUCUGAAACUUUGGGAUUUUUCAUGACUUCAAGCCAAAGCAAUAAAACACCCUUGGAAUCUUUGGUGUUUAGCUUUAGGUAGAUACAAAACUGUGCAAGUGUAAAAUUAUAAUAUUAUUUUAUGCCAUGUUAGACCCUUAAUUAAAGAUUGUGAAUUAUUAUGUAGUUUUAGUUUGCAUUAUUCUCCUGAAGUAGAAGAAGGUG